UUUUAGGAGACGGAGACCAGCUAUUCAGUGUCAACAUGCGUUGACACCUCUUCCCACACCCUUUCUCUCCAGACGCGAGCGAGGGCAUGGGUAACCCGUUUUCAUGUUGCCAUCCUGGCCGUAAGGAGAAGGACCGGGGCGGCUCUAAGGUCCGCGAUCGACUCCUUCGCACUCAGGACAGCUCCACGCAGACGUGCCUCGAGGGGGAAGAAACUUUCGGCUUGAUUGGGCCGCAGCAGCAGCAGCAGCAGGAUGGAUCGGAUGGGGACACCAAAGACGAACAGGCUGGGGCGUGGAGAGGAACGGUGCAUGGCAGCAGCAGCAGCAGCGGUUUGAAUGGUUCGUACCCUGCCGAGAGAUCGAACAACCAAUUCUCUGCAGCAGGAACGGUAGGAGCAGCAGCAGCAGCAGCACCGACAGCAGCGCAAAGGACCUCGUCUUCGGCAUCAACCGCCGCCGCCACCGCCGACCAAGGACCUGCCGUCGCGAGAGGCGGUAGAGAACCGGAGGGGUUGCCAGCAGCAGCUAAUGGAUCAGCACCGCCACCACCACCAGGCCAUCGAUGCACCGGUGCUAUGCCACGGGCUCACCCAAACGACCAGCAUCAUCGCCGGCAGAAGCAGCAGCAGGUCAUGAGCGGGGGGGGAGGCGGAACGGCAGAUCUCCGUUUGGGAGGGCGUGGUGGCGCAGCGCAGCAGUUCGGGGGUACAGCGGCGGCGGGCAGGGGAGGGGGUCGGUUUGGCGCAGCAGCAGGAGGCGGGCGUUUCGCUACCAAGACUGUGGCUCGAGCGGUGCCUACUGCUGCCGCGGCGGCCGGCACCGUUCUCGUCAAGUACGAGAUGAAGGAGGUGCUCGGCGUCGGGAGCACGUCCAAGUGCUACAGAUGCGUCAACAGGAGGAGCAGGAAGGAGUUCGCUUGCAAGGUGAGCCGCCUGGCGGCUGUUGUGGACAUUGAGAAGAGUCUGUGUUGCUGUCGUUGA